AUGAAUGCAGUUGUGGCUUUAUUUGAUGUUACGUGUUUUUUAUUAGAAUAAUGUUAUAUUGAUUUUAUUAUUGUGCCUGUUAUCUUCUGAUUAAAAAUGGCUACAUUAAUUCAGUCUUACGAGCAACAGUACUCUAUACUUACAGCAGACAUUACGGCUAAAAUAGGUCGUCUUAAGUCUGGAACCGAAGACAACCGUGACCAGCUCAGUCGUGAAAUUCAGGCAAAUUUUGAAGAAGCAAAUGAUUUGUUGGAACAGCUAGAGCUGGAAUCUCGUGGAGCAGGAGCAGGGUCCCGUGUGGCAGCCUACCGAGCAGAGCUGCAGCGUGUCAGAGAUGAAUAUCGAUCUGUACUUAAUACUGGCUCCUACAACUACGAGAAUGAUGAAGUGUUUGAUGACUGGAGUGGAGCGAACGAACAGCACCGGAAGUUGCUGGACAAUACGGAGCGACUGGAGCGCACCGGUAAGACCCUGACGGAGGGCUACCGUGUGGUGCUGGAGACCGAGCAGAUUGGAGCCGCCGUACUGCAAGAUCUCAGUGUACAAAGGGAGACUAUACAGAGGUCGAGGGGAAGGCUCCGUGAGACAGACGAGCAGCUGAACAGAUCCUCUCGUCUCAUGAACACGAUGGUGAUGCGAGCUCUUCAAGACCGGUUCAUCCUCAUCAUGGUGUUCCUCGUGUUAGGAGUGCUCCUAUGUGUUGGAGUCUACUUCUACGUCACGUAGCUGCCAGGGAGCGCUGCCUGCGCUCUCCAUGUUACUGGAUACUUGAUCACGGAUAGAUACGGUUUGUUUAGAUGUAAACACGGUUUUAUGUUAUUGGUGUGAUCUUUGAGGCGCACUGUGGUGUUUAGUAGUCAACAUAAAUGUUACUUUAGUAAUGGUACAUAAAUUAAAAUGUUCUAAAAUGAUUACUGCAAAAAUAUAAGCCCGGCAACACACUUGUAAAUCUUGAGUGGCGCCGAUUUCUUACCAUCAGGUGUUGAGUCAGUAAGCACAUUUGUCGCACUACCCCAUUUUGAUAAAAUGAAACUGGAACUUCAGGCGACAAGCAAAAGCACUUGAGCUAAGUUAAAAUAAAUGACAAAUCGUUAUCUACAAACAAACAUAACCAGUACACAGUGUAUACCUUAAAUAUUGCACAUCAUUGUUAAACUUGCUUUAAGAGCAAUUAGAAUUACAUAAAAUAUUACAAACUCAAGGUUAGAAUCCAGAGAGAUUAUGUAUUAACCCGCAGAUAAAAUAUUUAUAAUGUUAAGUACUUAUUUAUAAGAUCAUUGUGGUCGAGUCUCAUGUAAAAAUAUCGUUGAGUUUAAUUAGUUAUUACACAGAGUUAUUCAUUUUCAAAUAUAACUUAAUUAGUUAUUAUGUUUUUCAAGAGUCAAAUUGUUUGACGAGGAACUCGAC